CCCGCAGGUGACCUUUGAGGACGUGGCCAUCUAUUUCUCCCGGGAAGAAUGGGAAGAGUUAAGCGAAUGGCAACGGGAGCUCUACCAAGCGGUGAUGAUGGAGAAUUACGAGGCGGUUCUGUCCUUGGGUAAGAACGACUUCAUUGCUCAGGUCCUGGAGGGAAGAGGGACCCCUGCCCGUCAAGCCGCGGAUUAUCAACCAAAUUGAACAGAAGGAGCCCGUUGUCACUGGAGAAUUGUGGAAGGCAUGCAAAUGGACAGAUGCCCAAAGCCAGUGGCAAGAAGUUGGCAUCCGGAUGGUGGACGACGGUGAGGGCAGAGGGGAGACGGGGCCCUCUGCAAUGCCCCCUGUGAAGAAAAAGAAAGGACGGCCCCGGACCACCAACCCGGUCCCCAAGCCUGAAAGCAAAGCUCCCCCUCGGGUGACGCUGAAGAUGAACCCACCAAAGUGUCCCGAGUGUGGUAAAAGCUUCCUCAGUAACGUGGCCAUGACCAUUCACAUCCGGACGCACACUGGGGAACGUCCGUUCAAAUGCCACCUCUGCCCCAAGGCCUUCCCCUCCCGGGGGGACCUCAAGAGACACAUCAAGACCCACCUGCGCAAGAAGCCACCCCCACCGGUGACGCCCCGCAGCGGCUCCUCAAAAAAGAGCUUGGCGGCUAAGAUGCAGCUGCAGUGUCACCUGCGCUGCCCCCCAGAUCCGAAGAAGCCGCACAGCUGCACACAGUGUGGGAAGAGCUUCAACAAGAAGCAGAGCCUGCGCAAGCACCAGGGGACACACUCCACGGAGCGGCCCUUCGCCUGCCUGGAGUGUGGGCGCAGCUUCCGGCUCAAGCAGAUCUUGGUGGCGCACAUGGCCUCGCACAUCAAGGAGCGGCCCUUCGCCUGUGAGCAGUGCGGGAAGUGCUUUGCCCAGGAGCGCAACGUGCGUAGCCACCAGCGGGUGCACACUGGGGAGAAGCCCUUCCUCUGCAUGGCAUGCGGGAAGCGCUUCGGCUACAAGCAGCACCUGGUCAAGCACCUGCGCUUCCACACCGGCGAGCGGCCCUACAGCUGCCCCGAGUGUGGGAAGACCUUCCGAGACAAGACCACACUGAACAUCCACUACCGCAUGCACACCGGCGAGCGGCCGUACCGUUGCCCGUUCUGCAGCAAGACCUGCCGGCAGAAGCAACACCUCAACAGCCACCUGAAGGUCCACCGUGGGGAGAAGCUGCCCCCAGGGGACACCACCGGGCUCACCUUGCAGAGGGCCCGUGCCAAGGAGAAGCCGUACGAGUGUCCGCAGUGUCAGAAGCGCUUCCGGGACAAGAAGAUCAUGCUGGUACACAAGAAGACCCACAGGGAGGAACCAUUGCCACGGAGUGCCCCUCUGCAGAAAAAGUGGGGCCCAUUUGUGGCAGAUAGAAAGGCCCCCAGGGCAGGCCAAGGGGCAGGGAGGAAGAAGAAGGAUGCGGGGCUCACCUCGGGAAUGGCAUCCAUCCCACCGAAGAUGGUUCCCAUUAGUUGCACCAACUGCGGGAGGCGGUUCACGCAGAAGAAGUACCUGACACUCCACCAGAGGAGCCACAGGUGAGCUGCUUCCCGUAGGAAUGUCAUCUUCCAUGAGGACCCUCGGAUGAUGGGACCUGCCGGAAAAAAAUAAACUUUUGCAUGGCAGCCAUUGCGGAGAAGCUGCCAGUUUGGGACGUAUUCUGCGCAGAACUGUGUAGACUCGGCACUGCAAGAAAAGUCUCUUUAUUGCUGAUGGCGGAACUGUUUCACCUGCGGCACUGCU